GGAAGAGCUCCAGGUCCUGGCUGCCCCAGCUCUCGAUGCUUCUGGCGGCAUGGCUUCCCCGCUGAAGUUAGAACAGGACGUCCAGGGCAAAGUCGAUUCUUUUCGGGCCCGCAUUGCCCAGGAGGCCGAGGAUCUGGUGUCCACCUUCUUCCCUCAGAAGCUGUCAGAGCUGGAUAGCCGGGUCCAGGAGCUCCGCCUGCAAGACCUGUCCAGAAUCUGUUCGGUGCCAGCCCCUGUGCCCCCUGUUGUCCCGGAAACCGCAGGGGAUGGGCCCAAUCAGGAACCACCACCUCUGCAGACGCAGCCCUUGGUCAAGGUCCCAGCACUGCCCGGUGGCGAGGGCCAGCUUCUUCGGAGCAACCAGCAUCUGGUGGAGCUGAUCGAGCGGGUGAAACCCGAAAUCGAGCUGCUGAGGGAGAAAUGCAACACGGUGCGUAUGUGGGUGCAGCUGCUCAUCCCAAAGGUGGAGGACGGCAACAACUUCGGAGUGUCUAUCCAGGAAGACACCGUGGACCAGCUGUGGACGGUGGAGAGCACAGCAGCCUCCUAUCUCCGCCGCUUCUCCACCUACUACAACACCCGGGCCAAGCUGGUAUCCAAGAUCGUGAAGUACCCGCAGGUGGAAGAUUAUCGCCGCACCGUAGCCGAGGUGGACGAAAACGAGUACCUGAGUGUGCGCCAGAUCCUGCUGCACCUGCGGAACCAGUAUGCCACCUUGCAUGACGUAAUCCUCAAAAACAUCGAGAAGAUCAAGACCCCUCGGAGCAUCAACACCGACAACCUGUACUGAGGACUUUCCUCCACCCGCGUUCCUUCAGGAGUUGGCUGAGCUAUUUCAGGCAGCUAGGAGGCUGGUUAUAAUGUCUCUACAGGUGAUGAAAUGGCUGGAAAUGUGCAUGACCAUUUAGCUAGAAUUUCAUACAGUUUAUCCUCAUGCUGAAUUCUUUCGGUGUGGUUUUUAUUUGGUUUUCCUUUUGGUGGGGGGAGAAUGAGGACAAACCAUCUGGUAGAAUGUGGUAAGGCUCGCCAAGGAGAAAGCAGCUUUGCCAUUUUAAAAAGCAGCUUUGACGGUGACUGUUGGCCAGAGUUUAUUAUGGCAUAGAUGACAUUGAAUGGUUUUAGAGGUUACUUAAAAAGUAAAGUUUAAAAGAAAGUUAAAUGAAGCUUUUCCUAAGGUUCUGCUGUAUGUUACUUUGUUCAAACCUCAAAAACGCACCUUUUACACCAUCCUCUGUUUUUUUCUAGGAAAGGAGUUCAGUGGGAUUUAUUUAGGUCAUUGUAUACCUCUAAUUUAGCAGAUUAAAAUAAAACUUGGUUAUAACACUUUA